CAUCACUCUCUUUCAAAAGCAACGUUUUUUUUUACACUAAUGGCUAGACCACAACACCGAUAUCGAGGUGUCCGACAAAGGCAUUGGGGCUCAUGGGUUUCUGAAAUUCGCCAUCCUCUCUUGAAAACUAGAAUUUGGCUGGGAACAUUUGAAACGGCAGAAGACGCGGCUCACGCCUACGACGAAGCUGCAAGGCUUAUAUGUGGACCGAGGCCUAGAACAAACUUCCCUUAUAAUCCGAAUUCACCUCAGUCUUCAUCGUCCAAGCUACUGUCAGCAACUUUGAGAGCUAAACUGCAUAAAUGCUACAUGGCUUCACUUCAAAUGACCAAACGGCAAUCACUACAGAAGCAAAAAAAUGAGCCACCCACUCCAGAUAUCAUCAGCAACAAUGGUCUGUCAUGUAGAGACGGUGGAACGGGAGUUCGCCUGCUGGAGAAGAGACCAUUGCCAGUUCAAGACACAAAAAACAAUUGGGUUGUCAAAAACGCUCAGGUAGAAAGAACCCAACCGUUCAAAUCUCUCGAAGAGUAUCACAUUGAACAAAUGAUUGAGAAGCUGUUUGACUAUGGCUCCAUAGAACUAUGUCCAUAGGAUGUCCGCCAUUCCUUUCUUCUUUCUCCACAUUUCUUCCCCUUUCUCUACAUUUCUUCCCCUUUCUCUAUAGUCUUUACAUUUUACUCCAUGCCAGUGGCAUUGAUUCGCUAGUUUAACCCAUUCUUCACAGCCUUGAACCUUU